AGUAUUUAAGCCAUARAAUAGAUGAACUAAGAUUCAUUACAUUGAACAACCUCGGUGGAAAAAGCCGUGUCCAUUCGCUACCAAAAAAGUGUAUCCAAGACGUUCAACAAUUCAGCUAUGGAUCGAGAUAUCGCAUUUUGUCUCUCUCUUUCCCGUGGUGAAAUUCUUCCUCCAGUAAAACGCUCAUCUCCAGUUCACUCGUUUGCAAUCCACGACAUCCUUGGGCUUGGAGAAAAAGACGCUAAAUCUAAACCCAGCUCAACUAUCCAAGAGAGCUUGUCCGAACGCUCAUAUUCGACUCUCGAAUCUAUCACAACACCGGAAAAAUUCACGGAUUUGAGAAAUGAUUCCAAACCUGAACAUAAUCUCUCGAUUGGAAGCCAUGAAAAAUUCAGCUCCAAGAAGACGAAAAAACGAAGACACCGGACAAUAUUCACAAACUAUCAGCUUGAAGAACUAGAAAAGGCAUUUAAAGACAGUCAUUACCCUGAUGUUUAUGCAAGAGAAAGUCUCUCGUUGAAGAUAGAUCUGCCAGAGGAUAGAAUCCAGGUUUGGUUUCAAAACCGUCGAGCGAAGUGGAGAAAGAAGGAGAAGUGUUGGGGACACAGUUCGAUCAUGGCAGAAUACGGCUUGUACGGUGCAAUGGUAAGGCACUCCUUACCCCUCCCCCCUCAUCUUACACCUAGCUCAGCACCAUGGCUUCUAGGAAUGCACAAGAAGGCAAAGCAACAAGGAGAUGGCUUAGAAAACGAGAAAGACGACCAAGAACAAGGAGACGAAAGCGAAGAAGAUCGAAGGUCACACAGCAUUGCGUCGCUAAGGAAACGGGCGAUGGAACACAUCAACAACAACAUCAACAGCAAUAAACAAGAACACGAGAUCACAGUAAAAUAUAUUAAGAAGGAACGGGAAGACGACACACCUUCCCCAGCCCUCUCAAUUGAGUAAAAAAUUGCUCCUAUUGUAUCCAUCAGAUAUGAUGCGCGCAUCAUUAGUCGCUUGACCGUAACUUGGGUUUUGAAAUUCCGCUCCAAAAGAAAAUUGUACACUACUCAUGUAAAUAUAACGAAAAACAACGAAAACUGCUGAAAACCCAUAAGAAAACAAACAUUUAGUUUGUAAAUGACAUUUAUAAUAAACAGGUUAUUUACAAGCAUUCGGGCUCCCUGUGGAUGGAGUGGAUGCAUAAAGACUGGUUCCAAAAACAUGAUAUGAUGAGGAAGAACUUCAAAGUUGGUUGCCUGGCAACAACGACGAAUGCCAAGGCAGCAUUUGUAGAUAAUGACAACAUAUUUGCAUGCUCACGUGACCUGCAUUGACUAAUUUAUUUAAAAAUGUGCACGUCGCAAACUGUUUCAAACGCAGUUAAAUUGCUUUAACUUCAAAUUUCUAGGGAUUCUUUUUCCCUAGCAAUUUUGUUUAGAACAUACUCGGYUACAAAAAAAUUUAAAUUUAGUGAAAGAUUGAUUGUAGAAACAACUGUACCGACUUAGUUCAGAAUAUUCGAAUGAAGAAAGACAUUUUUCGUGAAAAUUGUACAUUUAAAUCAACAAGUUAUUUAUAAAUCUACUGAACCAUGUAAAAAACACAUUGUAAUAAGCCCAAUGAUGAAUUAUUAAAAAUCUAUUCAUAAAGUA